AUGACGGAGUCUUACUCGCCCUUCAGCGAUUUGGAGGAGAUCACUGCCCUGCCCACGGAGUUUGUGAGCACCGCGUCGUCCUCCACCAGGGACACCGUCACGGACUGGGGAAAUCAUGCAUCGACCGAAAUCACAGACCCCCUCCUCGGCUUCUCAGAGGAACAACAGCCGCCAACUGAAGCCAAUUCGGGGGGCACUGACAGAGGGGGUACUGACACAGGGGGCACUGACAGAGGGGGUACUGACACAGGGGGCACUGACAGAGUGAGCACUGCCACGCUUUCUGGCCACACCUCUCAAGCCGGGACGUACCAGUCAGAGACAGGGGCUCCCACCUCCUCAGAGAAACCCGUCCACUCUACAGAGGACCGCGUAGCCGACACGUCCGGUCCGGGGAGGGAGAGCGCGACCACGUCAGUCACCGAGUCAUCCACUGGACCCUUCGGCCCGCCAGCCCUGGAUCACACGCAGGACGCACAGCCUCACACUCAGGAGGACGACCCGGGCCAGGCCUUCUCAACGGCGCCCCCCGAGGCCGACGGCCGCACAACAGUCACGGACAACCCCUCGACCGCUCUCCCCUUCACCCCGGAGACAGAGCGGCCGGCUGAAACCACCGAGGUCCUGGCAACCACCCUGACCACUACAACGGAACGGACCCAAUUUGCCGAGGGGGACACCUUCCGAGCUACAACCGGCUUCUUCACCACUAUGCCGGGCUCCACCACGCCCCCGUACCAGCCCGGCACCUCUGCCGAACCCUCGACUACACCCACUACCGCCACUACGACUGCCACAACCACCACCCCCGCCACCGCCGCCCAGACCACCCCAGAGCCCGAGGCCCCGCCCUCCACCACCCAGCGCCUGCCCCCCUCCCGGACCUCCGGGACCGCCGCACACACCUCCGCCUCCGACGGCCUCGUCGCCACCGACGUCAGCACCCUGCACCUGGAGACCAGCACGGCCACGCCCGGCAACGGCUACACCACGGUCUCCUACAGCAGCACCGCGCCCAGCCAAGCCACGCCCGCACACACCAGCGGGAACCGCACGCACGGAGUCACGCCUCCGCACACCAGCGGGAGCCACACGCACGGAGUCACGCCUCCGCACACCACCGGGAACCACACACACGGAGUCACGCCUGCCCAGACCACCGGGAAGCACACACACGGAGUUACGCCCGCCCAGACCACCGGGAAGCACACACAGAGAGCCUCCACCACGGCUCAGACCACCACCGUGCGGACGCGCAUCAAGUCAACCGUCACGCCAGAGAGCCCGUGCUCUUGGAGCCCCUGCAGGAAUGGAGGGACGUGUGUUCCGGAAGCUGGCGAAGGCCACGGAUGUGUGUGUUUGCCAUCCUGGACUGGACCAGACUGUGAUGAAGACAUGGACGAGUGUGUGAGCGGGCCCUGUCCCCUGGGCUCCCAGUGUGUGAACACGCGGGGCUCCUUCAGCUGCGUGUGCCCUCUGGGCUCGGACCUGGAGCACGGGCGUGCCUGCACGCGGGCGAGGACCUUUCUGGGGACUUUCCACCUCAGCAACGUGCCUCCAAACGCCACACACCCCAGGAGCCUCGUCCUGCAUGAGCUCCAGAGAGAGAUCCUUCAGCUGCUCAACGCUUCCCUUUCCACGCUGAAGGGCUACAGUCGAUCCACACUGAAUAAAAGCGACGGGAGCGGGAUGCAGGUCUCUGCCGUGCACACCUUCGCCAUGUCGGCGGAGGUGACGAGCGACGUCGUCACCAAGAGCAUCGAGACGUUCCUGGAGAGCUGCAGCCAGGCUGUGGGGCCCUGCAGGGUGGCCCUGCACCACGCCCUGCUCUACAAAGCCGAGAGCCUCUGUGUGGCCAUGGGGACCCAGUGUGACCUGGAGCGGACCAACUGCACCGACACCGACGGCACCACUUCCUGCCAGUGCCGGGCCGGGUACUUCAAGCACAGCACGGAGGACCUGACCUGCAGAGAAUGCGAGGAAGGCUUUAAACUGGAAAAUGGCACCUGUGUUCGGUGUAUGUUUGGAUUUGGAGGGUUUAACUGUGGAAAUUUCUAUAAGCUGAUCACCGUGGUGGUAGCCCCUGCUGGGGGAGUCAUACUCCUCAUCCUCAUCAUCGCCCUCAUCGUCACCUGCUGCAAGAAGGACAAAAAUGAUAUCAGCAAAAUAAUUUUCAAGAGCGGAGAUUUUCAGAUGUCUCCCUACGCUGAGUAUCCCAAGAAUAAUCGAGUAUCGAUGGAGUGGGGGAGGGAAACCAUCGAGAUGCAGGAGAACGGGAGUACCAAAAACCUACUGCAGAUGACCGACAUUUAUUACUCACCUGCGCUGCGUAACCCGGAGCUGGACCGGAGCGGGCUGUACCCGUUCUCCGGGAUGCCGGGCUCCCGGCACUCCUGCAUCUACCCGGCGCAGUGGAACCCCUCCUUCAUCAGCGAUGACACGCGGCGGAGGGACUACUUUUAACCGACUGCGAUCGGUCACCGGUCGGGCGUGCGGUGUGGUCGUGGUUGCUUCCUGUUUGAAACUGGCAAAAAAUUAAUGUGCUGGACAGACCACUAAAUGGCAAAUGAAUGUGAACUUUUUCCAUACAUAUAUAUAUAAAUAUUGUUUUUUUGAGAGGGCUUCCAGAUUUCGAGACAGGAUGAAGAUAGACAACCCUGCCAAAAGAAUCGAGUUAUGAUAUUUAGUGCUGUGACUGGAUGUUCAUAGAACUUUCCGGCUUUUUCCUUGCCUGCCUCUCUGUUAGAAAUGAACCAAGGACUUUCAAAGCGAUGUGUUAUAUUUAUAAUUAUUUUAUUACUAAGUCUUUUUUUAUUUUUUAUUACAGCAAAUACUGGAUACUGGCAAUAAUGAGGAAAGUAUGUGGAGUGACGCAGUAUGCGUGUGAACACAAACAUGUUUGCACUUGAACCAUUGAAAUUGCAGGUUUGAUCAUAGUUAAGAAAGCUGCAAUAUGCCCGAGAUUGUUUUAAGUAUGGGAAUACCUGUUAUGAUUUUACAGGUGUGGAUGCAUGUUUCUUCAUAAAAACAUGGUGUGAGUGUGUGUUUGUGUGUGUGUGUACACAGAUUAUUUUGUUGUAGAAUAGAAAAACCCCAUACUGAAUUCUGGAAUACUGAGAUUUGCUAAAUUCAUGUGUUUUUAGUCCUUAGAGAAUUCCACUAGGGACACUAAAUCUCCUUAUGGUGAUAUCUGAGAGCUUAUUUAUUCUCAUUAUAUAUUUUUUCCUGAAAAGACAAAAUCUUUGAAAAAUGAGAAUGGAAAUGUGCAAACAUGCAUUAACAUGGGUCCAGUUAAUGGGGAAUGUUGGAAAAAUGACUGGAAAGUGAUUCAUAUCGUAUUUUGUAGUUUUAUUAAAAAUAGACCCUGGGGAAUUUGACAUCCCAAGAACAAACUAACAAAGCAGCACUUACAAGGUAUUUCAAUGUUUGUACUUCCAACAAGACACUUAGGAUUUCUCACACAACAGCCCUGCGGCUGUUUUUACCACACUGUGAUUUAUUGGCAAUUCUGUAAUUUAAGAAAUGUUUAAUUGUUUUAUUAAUCAUCAGUCAGUAAUAAUUAGGGAAUAUAAACCUUGUUCCCUUCUGGAUGCUUGUGUACCCCAAAGACCUCUGUUUACCAUGCAUCUCCUGUUAGUAAGCUACUUUGAAGACCAGUAUGUUUGUACAUGGUUUGGUUGUGCCAAGUAUUACACUAUUUUUUUAAUAUAAGAUGUACUAUAUUUGUAACUAGUCUGUUUCUAGUCUGAGAAUGUUAUUUUUUUCCAUCCUUCUAAUAUGAAAUGUUCCCCAAUUCUGGCGUUGUAGUCAGACAUAAAUAUUGAAAGAAUAAAAUAUGAACCCGU